UAUACGAAUUGCAGCCAGCAGCGUUGAAACUGCGCGGGAGCUCGGGUGACGGUUGCCGUCAACCGUUCGUCCCGAUUAUAGCCUCUGAGAUAUGACAGUAUAUAAUAUGAAGGCUGCAAUUGAACAGUGUCAUCUACGUCGUGACUGCAAGCGCUCGAGUCUUGAACUGGAACUGGGAGAACUGGCCCUCUGAGCUGUGGCCGAGCCAAGAAGUUGAGACCCACGCGACUCUGUGAAAAUCAAUCAAGGAAGAAUAGAAAAUUCAUGAUUCCCUCUGUAUAGAAACGGUGGCUGGGCUGGUCGGGAUGGGACCGCGGUUCCCUGACUCGGUUCUGCCUUGUGGCCGUCUGAACCCCAAAGAACCACAUAACACAGAACCAACCAAGAGCACACAAUCCACGCGCAAUUGAGAUACAGCUUACGCGAGUUCCCGUAAACUUUCCAGAGCUUCUUCUUUCAGAACUCGCGCAAAUGCAGCGCCCCCCGGCCGAUGAUUCGUGCUCGUCAUCGUUUUCAUCAACGGACCUGGACGCCCAAAUGGCCGCGACAGAAGCACUUCUAGUGCAACGCUAUGGAGCUAUGGGAAUGAAGCAACGAGUGCUGUUCGGCAAGAAGCACUCGCAGCGCCGCUACUUUGACAGCGCGGAUUACAACCUGCAAAAAGAAGGCCGCCCGCUUCAGGAGCUCUACCUCCUAGACUGCCCCAUCGACCAGCUGCCGGUCAAGUCAGAGCCCACAGUGGCGGUGCCGCGCGGCCGCUCGCACUUGGAGCACGUGGCGUGGGCGACGCCGGAGGUGCUGCCCGUGGCUCAGACGCGGACGGUCAUCGACAUCUGAGCCCGCUGGCUGCGGGGGCCAGAGGAGGGCAGCGUCGCCUUGGACGGUGGCGGCGGCGGCGGCUGCAGGUGCCAGUCGCGGUUUGAGGCAGUGGACGCUGGGAGGGUGUCAAGAGGCGGGUGGCACCCGGCCGCCGGAGAGGCGCGCAUGGGCGCCUGCCUGUCGUCUGACGUACGAAUUAUGUGCGUGUUAGUAUGACUCUUGCAACCCGUUGAGUUGCAUCUUCUGACCUCCGUGUGCAUACUCCUUGACUGCUUCUGACCGCGGCCGGGACCCGGCAGCCGGACGACAACAAACGAGGUGACAAAGUGAGCGACAGGUUCGGCCUGAGGAGCAUUAUUCCUCAGUGCUGGCGCGUUGGUAUGACAGGCUGUUGGUUAGUACAGAGCGCUUUGUGUGAUAGAGACUGGGCGCUGCAGCGCACCUGUCUGUACAUUGUAUUUGCCCAGCUUUGUUGGCAACGCAUGACCGCCGAAGAAAUUGCUGUGGCGGCCCAAGAGGCGGACGUCCUGCGUUGGACACAGUCCACUGCAGUUGCCCUGGGUGCGCCCUCAAGUCUGGGCUUCAAUAUUUUCGCGGCCAGAGGCCGCGGGCGAUGGUUCUGUGUAGCAGCGACAGACGUGGACAUGAUGCGGACAUCUGCUGAGUGCGGUGGCCGCCACGUUCACGCGUCUUGUCCGCUGAGGGAAGAAAGAACUGCGUCUAGCUAAGAAUGCAAAGCAGGGGGUUGGUGUGUAGUCUCGCAGUCGCAUGGGUUUGCUGAAUUGGGCGUGAACUGGCGGCGCCUGCUCUUGCCUCCUGGGUCGGGAUGCCGCGUGGCUUUGCGCCACUGUGCAGUCCACGAGUUUGGGAAAUGCAUUCGUUGUCCCGCGCGGCUGCGGCGGCGGUAGUAUGCGGAGGGCCGUGGCAGCGGGGAUGCAUCAAUGGGUUUGUGGAUAUGUGCUGCACCCCACCACGCAGUGAGGUGAGGAGGCCCAAAUGGGGCCGGCCAUAUAUGCGCGGGGUGUGGGGGCAGUGCGGGGUAUUCUUGAACUGUGUCUCGGGGAUUGAUUUUGCUAGGAUAAAAGCGGCGGGGCGUUGAGACUGUGUGGAUAGAGGGUUGAGUCGGGUUCAUCUGUUUCUUAGGGCCCUAAUGAUACAAUGAUUUGGUCAUGCAGGAUGAGCUGCAAAGCAUUGCUCACUUGCAGGGUUGCAAACAAAGCGCAGCCCGCCGACAUGGUGGGCGCCCGAGCACUGUAACACAACCUUGAA